UGAAAUUCAUCUUUGCCCGGGUUUCCGAGUCAGAAGCUCCACAUUCCUGGUUUGUGAUCACCGGCUGACGAAUGCAGGGUGGUUUCUUUAUCUGUCUCAUGGUUCUUAUCACUGGCUGCCGCAGCAAGGUCUAGCGUGUGACUGUGUCCCUGCUGCACACCCUGCCCCAAGCCAAGGAGGUUUCCCCACGGCUCUGAGAUGCUCCCUGCUCUCACGGGGGCUGCCAUGCCUGGUGCAGGAGGGGUUAAGCACAGGGCAGGGACACUUUGCUGGAAAGCAGCACCUUGCCAGCACACACAGGGGGUUAUCGCAGGGCAGAGCUGCUGUUUUUUGGGGACACCCCCCAGCAGACCUCCACAAGCCCUCGGGGACCCCAGCACCCAGCGAAGCGGCGAGCACAGCACCGUCCGAAAGAGUUAAUGCCCGAACAAGGCUGGGAAUGUGUGAAGCAGCAUGUGACUGCAGGUGGGGCAGGGCGGAGCGAUGAAUCACUCCUCUGCUUUUCCUCUUUUCACUUCUUGCUGUUACCUGUCCCGCCGUCCACCCGGCACCGCGCGCGGGCAGGAGCCGGAACAGCCCCGCUGCCAGCCGGGGAGAUGCACGGGAGGCUGGCGGAGACGCUGGCUGCCACCAAGUCCACCGCCGACCCACUUCUCCAGCACCGAUAGCCAGAGACUGCGGUCAGGCCAAGAAUCCCAGCCUUCUGGUGCCCUUUGUGAGGCCGUUUUGUUUGUUUUUUCUUUGUUUGUUUUCCAUUUUUUUUGUGUUCUCGCCACGUUGGAGGAGCGGAGGAUGAGAGGCGCGUGGAGCCGGAGGUAGACGAGGCUGCGGAGCCGCGUGUGCGCAGGGCACAGCCCCCUGGCUUCGCCCCCCCUCCCUGCAGACCCAGCAGCAAACCAGAACCCAAAUCCUCUCCCCUGGGAGAGCAGAGCCUCAUUGGGGCAGGAGCUGGCCGAGAAGGGAGCAGCGUCCCCACAGCUGCGAGUUGAACCGGGGAGGGCGAAGCAGAGCAAGUCGCUUAUGCAAAGACUGGGGAGUAAUUAAUUCCUUAUUUAUUGCCGACACCCGGCACUCGCCCAACGGACCGAGCUCCCUCUGGAGAAGGAAGCGGCGUGUUGGGGCACCAUGGCUUUCUCCCAGGUGCAGUGCCUGGACGACAGCCACGUCAACUGGAGGUCCAGCGAGUCCAAGCCUGAGUUCUUCUACAGCGAGGAGCAGCGCCUGGCCCUGGAGGCGCUGGCCUCCCGCGGCCCCGACGCCUUCUACGAGGUCCUGAAGAAGGAGAACAUCAGGGACUUCCUCUCCGAGCUGGAGCUAAAGAAGAUCCUGGACACGCUCGAGACGUACGACCCCGGCUCCGAGUACAUCCCGCGCCACGGCAGCAGCACCGGGGAGAGCGAGGGCGACGGCGACAGCCAAGGGGACGAGCAGGGGGUGGCCCCGUCCCUGGAGUACUGGCCGCAGAGGUCCGACCGCUCCAUCCCCCAGCUGGACCUCGGCUGGCCCGAGACCAUCGCCUACCGCGGGGUGACCCGCGCCACCGUCUACAUGCAGCCGCCCAUCGAGGGGCAGGCGCACAUCAAGGAGGUGGUGCGCAAGAUGAUCUGCCAGGCUCAGAAGGUCAUCGCAGUGGUCAUGGACAUGUUCACCGACGUAGACAUCUUCAAGGACCUCCUGGACGCAGGUUUUAAGAGGAAAGUCGGCGUCUACAUCAUUUUGGAUGAGACCAACGUGAAGCACUUCCUGCAGAUGUGUGAGCGAGCGCAGAUGCACACCGGACACUUGAAGAACCUGCGAGUCCGUAGCACGGGGGGGACAGAGUUUUUCACGCGCUCAGCCACCAAGUUCAAGGGGGCUUUGGCCCAGAAGUUCAUGUUCGUGGAUGGAGACCGGGCCAUGUGCGGAUCCUACAGCUUCACCUGGUCCGCAGCACGGACGGACCGAAACGUCAUCACGGUGCUCUCGGGCCAAGUGGUGGAGGCAUUCGACAAGCAGUUCCAGGAGCUGUACCUCAUGUCCAAGGGCGUGAGCCUCAAGUCCAUCUCCAUGGGCCAGGAGCCCGAGCCCGAGCCCGUAACGCUGCCUUCCGUCGUGCCGGUGACCCCGGCCAACGCCGUGGUGAAGAAGCUGAUAAACCCCAAAUACGCCCUGGUGAAGGCCAAGAGCGCGGACCAGAUCAGCAAGACUUCCUCCGAGAACCAGGACAAAAACCAGAAGACGGACAACAAAGGCAAAGCCCUGCCCGAGGGCCAAGCAGGAGACAGGCACGGCGACGCGGCAGACCUCUCCCUGCUCAUCCACCCCGGCCUCCUGAACCUGGAGAAAGCCAACAUGUUCGACUACCUGCCCACCUGGGUCGAGCCCGACCCCGAGCCUGGGAGCGAAGUCUUGGGUUACAUCAACAUCAUCGACCCCAAGAUAAAGAACGUGAAGCUCUCGCAGAUGAACCGCAUCAAAGUCUGCGACGUCUCCCAUGCCAGCGCGCAGCACCGGCAGAUGCUGAAGUACAGGGAGCUGGAGGCCAAGAAGAACUCAGACCAAGAGCCACCCCCGGUGUCCCCCUGUCCUAGACAGGCCCCACAGGUCCCCGCAGAAGCUCCCAUGGUGCCCACCCCCAGCCCUGUCGAAGGCAGCAGCUGGGUGACAAAGCAAGGGGGGACAUCGGCCGCUCCGCCGCUCAGCCACCGCUUGAAGCCACCCGAGGAGAUGCCCGAGGAAGCCAAGCCCCCGGUUCCGAAGCCAAGGACGGUCCCUGCUGGAAGCCUGGCGACCAAAGCCAUCGCGCCCUGCGACAGCGGCGCUGCCCCCGAGGGGGACACGCAGCCACCGCCGGCCGACCCCGCGGCUGCGAGGCAGGAACCGAAGGAGAACCCCAACGGGGCCUCACCAGAGAGCUGCAGUCCCCUUCCAGCAGCAGGGCCCCAGGAGGACAGAGGGCCGCCCUGCGCGCACAACGGGCUGGGGGAAGAAGAGGAGGAGGAAGAGGAGGAGUACAUAACCCUCAGCGACCAGGAGAGUUACUCCAGCAGUUCCGCCGACCACAGCUACCGCCGCUCCAACGCCUCCUCCAUCUCCGACGAGUACUUCGAGGUGAGGGAUCGCUACGGGCCCCUCCGGCGAACCAACUCGGACGUCACCCACAAUGGGGAGUUCCUGCCCGUGCAGAGGAAGCUCAGCGACCCCCACAUCAGCCGGGGCACCUUCCUCAGCCCGCUGGGGAGCCUCCCGUCCCUGAAGCACGUCCGCGCGGAGGACGCGGCCAAGAGGAGGAGCAACGCCGUGGAGAUCAGGUGUGUGCUGCCCCGCGCCAUCCUGGACGGCAACAGCUCCUAUCCGACCAGCGCAGCACAGGGGACGCACAUCUACCGCUACCUACCCAGGAACCCUGCAGGCAGAGAGCAAGGCAAGGAGGUCUCCUGCUCCCCACCGUGCGAGAAACCCCUCGGGGCUGGCAAGUACAGAGGGGAUGGAGCCGAGCCCAAAAAGACCAUUGCAGGCAGCCAGCCCUACUGGCAGAGCAAAGCCUUCAGCCCCAGCAAGCCGACACGGCCCAGCCACCUCUCGCCCAGCAAGCCCAGGGUGGCAGGCAAGCCCCUGACCUCCCUGCCAGAAAUCCAGAAGGCAGCCGAGGAGAUGAGGACGCCCCUGGGCAUCCCGCUCUCCAAACUCUCCCAGUCCAAGCACCUCAAGAACAAGGUCGUGGCAGCGCCGGGUGCUCCCACUGACCCCAAAAAGAAGCCCCCCGAGCCCACCAGCCAGAAGGAGCAGUAG